CGGGACCUGUCGCCGCUGUCUCCAGGUUUUCUUAGCAAUUCCGUUUAUACUAGGGCUGCAAGCUUGAUUUGAGACGCUCUAGCAGAUGCGAUGAGUACACAUCAACGCGAUGGAUCGCUGCUUAGGAAAAAACAAGACCAGUGGGCGCGAGAAAGAGCGGAAGAAUCUGAGAAUAUUUGGUUUCCUUUCGGCACACCCGGUGGGGGAACACCGAAUCGAAAGUAUGAACCUAUCGAUUACGGAUCACCGAUAGCAAAAGCUGAAACGCAGGAGUCACCAUCACAUGAUAGAAGCAGCAAUCACAGCGAAGAGUCAAGCUCUCACACGGGAUCGAUAUCAUCUGCUCAUAAAAAGCAGCAGAACUAUGUGAAUAUGACUAGCGAGACAGAAAGCCGCAGUCGUUCACGACCGGACUCAGCUAACUCUUCAUAUACCCCUCAGCAAGUGCCAAUGGCUUAUCCCAUUCCAUAUUAUCCGUACCCGGGAACUCCAGUUGGAUUUCCCACGAAUGCUGGACCAAACGGGAUGCAGUGGAAUUAUCUGCAGCCAAUUCCCAUCAAUGUUGUUCCACCCGGUACAGUCCCCAUACCUAUUCAGGAUCUCAGUAGGUCUAUAGCAGAAGGUAAACCUAUUUGUCCCGUGACAGUUGCUGAGAAUUUAGCGCAAAUGGCUCCACAUAAUGGCUGCUGGGUACAAGGAUCAUCAGUACCUAUGGCUGUUCCAAUCCCAACAACUCUCGCACACAAUGCUCCUGUAGAUCCUGAUCAGGAGCCGCAUAGUUCGAACAGUUCUAACGUUGCGGUUGUUCCUCCUAUGGAACAAGGCUCACGUGAGAGCACACAGACUCGACGGAGCUCAGUUAACAGUGAAAGGCGAAGUUCUGCUGCUAACUACGACGAACAGAUAGCUGAAAGAAAAAGAUUGGAAGCUGAAGAAGCAGAGAGGGAAAGAUAUGAGGAAAUGGAAAUCAGACGCAUUAAAGAGGAGAAAGCGCGGCGAGAAGCAGAGAAGGAACGGAAGCAAAGAGAGGAAGAGCAAUAUAGGGAACAGGGAAGGGAACGCGUUCGGCAAACCCUGGAAGAGGCAUUGGAACGUGCUAAAAGAGAGGCCGAAGUCACCAGAAAAGCCCGAGUAUUCAAGCAUGUUCUUGAUGGUCCUCAGAAAAGUCCUGAGCUGGAAAGGCGCUUGUUAGGUGUUGAUCCCGAGACUGGCGACAGGAUUCUUCAAGAAAUUUCUCAACUUGAGAGACACAAGAAACUAGAACAAGAAUCGUUUGCAAAACCACCCAGAAGUGGAAGAAGUGAACAUAGUGGGGAUUCGCCUACUGGGCAGCGAUCAAGAAGUGUUCCAAAAACACGAAGUCAGUCAUUGUCCGAGUCGAUGACUGCAGCUGAUUCGCGCAGGGAAACGCCAUCUGGAAAGCAGACCGCUUCUAUCCGACCAUUUAUGUCAGACGAUCGCAAAGUUGUCCCGGAAUCACAGCAACGAGAAAUGCGACAAGCUGUAAAUACAAAUACAUCCACACCUUUACGCAGAACUGCUCCGGGGAGGAUGUCUGUAAGAGUGACGAAAAGAGAAAAGGAAAAUUCGCCGCUGGAUGACUCUUAUCGAAUUGCAACACGCGGAGCAGCUCAAAACACCCCAAGCCCUCAGCACCGAGAUCAAGCAAUGUUGCCUUCGAAAAUUCCGGUUGCCACACCUGUUACAAGUGCUACGAGAGGUGGUCAUCGGCAAGUAGCCCGUCCUCCUCAACCGCUGAAAAACGCCAAUCAUUUGCCAAGGAGGGACACCGAUUUUGAACCCAAAUAUUGCUCCAUAGUUGUUACUCGGCCAGUCGCUUUACCACCAACAUCCAAGAAUAUUGCCGAUAAUCCGCUGUUCUCGCCAGUUGCUACUCGUCGACGUCCCAGCAGAAUGCGCGGCCUCUCAGAUUCCCCAGUCAACGUGGAUUCUGCAGGAAGUAGUGGAUCAACGGAAAGCAAUGAAGGAAAUUGUAGCUCUGGCUGCGAUAGCCCGCAAGAUUUAGCCUCAUCUCCACUUCCCGCGGUCGUAUCCCAUGAUCUACAAGGAGUUACGAAAACCGUUACCACACAUAACAAUAACGAACUAAAGGUUCGCAGUACUAUCAGCACGCCCGCUGCUUAUCUCGGUCCAAUGUCCAAAACCUCGUCUUUUACAAGGAAAUUGGUGGAAAAAGGAUGCAUAAAUCAUUCUACGGAUGCCCUUUCGCCAGAAGUACGUCGUAAAGUUGAAGAAAAUCUAAGCCGUGCACCUUCCAUGCAAUCUCUGCGCGGAUCCAUAGGAAAUCUUGCUGGCUGGCGGGGUUCUGCUGUGAACCUUGCAGACACUCCAAAUCUAAGCCGCUUCAGAAGCAUGAAUCCCAAUUUUCGUUCGUUCAACAUGAAGAAAACCACGGAAAAGCAGCAAGAGGUCAUUGAUCGCUUGAGUCAAUUGAGGGAGAAUUUGCGAUCCAGCGAAAACUUUGUGGAUCGUGGAAUCAUUCCCAAACGCAAUAAUAAUUUGGCUUCUCCCGCUGUGAUCAAGACCUGAUCUGCAGCAUUACCAAUUUCGUCUUUUGUCUGUGGCUUUACUCUGUAUCCCAUUGUUUUCCUCGUUCUGUACCCAUGUCUCCGUAUAUAAAGUGCAGUGCCAUUCUGCAUAUCUUUUGUGAAUUAUUUUCAAGCAUUCACUUUAUUCGCAUGCCUUUAUUCGCUCAAUUUGCUACAAUUGAGAGGUCGAAUACUACCAGAUGUGCACUUCGAAGCUCAUUCCACAAUCGUCGCCAUGUAUACUACUUAUCUGUACCGAUCGCAGGUUGUUAGUUGUUCAUUAUUUUUCUCUGAACCAUGUAAAAGAUUCAGAUGUUUUAUUGCCAGCAUAUUAGGUU